GUUUUGAAAACGAAAUCUGAUGUUGUGCCAGCACUAUUACACGUGCAUCCAACUUUUUUAAAUUAUUUUGGGUUUUUAUUAAACAAAACAUUGAAAUAUGUCGCUUUUACGCAUCAGGAAACCAAAAACUCGCAAGGGAAAGAAAGUGCUGCUGGCUAGGGAGCCGCAGUUAAUUGAAUCUGCCCGGACAAUGCUCUUUCUUGACGGACGUAAAUGCGGCGGCAUUGUCAAGCUGUGUAUGAAGGAUCUUCAAGCGCUAAAGAAGCCCCUGAUAAAAGUACUGAACCGAAAGAACGAUAUAACACCCUUUGACGAUCCUUCGUCCUUGGAGUUCUUGACUAUGAAGAACGAUGCGUCGCUGUUUUCUUUUGGAUCCACAUCGAAGAAGCGUCCUGACAACAUCAUCUUAGGCAGGAUUUUCGAGAACGAAGUGCUAGACAUGUUCGAGUUGGGCAUCAAGAGGUAUCAAGCCAUUUCAGAGUUCAAAAACGAGAAGAUUGGCACCUGCGUCAAGCCGUGCCUUGUCUUCAACGGACCCCAGUGGUCGCAGACAGAGGAGCUGCGGCGACUUCGCAACCUCUUCAUCGACACCUUCCAGCGGGAGAAGGUAGACUCUAUUCGCCUACAGGGUAUCGAGCACGUCCUCAGCUUCACGGUAACCGAAGACAUGAACAUCCUAAUGCGCUCAUACAGGAUCCUGCUGAAGAAAUCGGGACAGCGGACGCCUCGCAUCGAGUUGGAGGAGAUCGGACCUUCAGCCGACUUUGCAAUAAGGCGGACAAAGAUCGCCAGCGAGGAUCUGUACAAACAGGCGCGCAAACAGCCUAAGCAGCUGAAGGCCGGUAAGAAGAAGAACAUUAGCACCGAUGCCUUGGGCAACACCAAGGGACGCGUACAUCUGGGCAAGCAGCAGACAGGAUCGAUUCAGACGAGACGCGUCAAGGCGCUGCGAAAGACCCCCGAGGAGAAGAAGGAGAAUCGGCAGCGGAAGAAAGUAGCGCUGAAGGCAGCCGCUGCCGAAGCUCUUGCAGCCUCGCAAUGAUUGCAUUUCAUUAAUAGUUAGCUUUAGUUUUAAUAAAUUGGUCCAGAUUAAAGUAGCGUAA